AUGUCCUAUGUGAGUAAGUCCGCUCUCCCAGCUGGCCUUCAAAACAUUCUCUACUUCACGUCGAAGGAGGUAGCCAGGUCGUCUUCGCAGCUGUACUCGGGUCCUCCCCCUCCAUCCCCUCGGCGUGCCCGUCCCCCUCCAGGCCCCCCCACCUGUCCCUCCCCCAACGGUCUCUUCCCUCAUCCUCAGGACUGUUCAAAAUACCUAAACUGCGCUGGAGGACGAGCUUUCGAGCAGGCGUGCGGUCCGGGUACGGUGUUCAACCCGGCCAUCAGCGCCUGCGACUGGCCUUCUGCAGUAGAUUGUUCUCGCCUUCAGGAAUUUUAUGGAGAUGCCACCACGCCACAGCCGUCUUCUGUAACUAUAUUCUUGGGGAAGGUCACAGAAACAGCAAGGAGCGCCGUUGGUUCAGUGGUUGGCAUCGUAAACAAGGUCGUUGGCAAUGAAAAGGUGGACAGUCUGCUUGAGAAAGUGGACUGGACGUACCGACGCACAAAAGACAAAGGGAAACGCCUCCUGAACAAACUGGGUCUUACUGAUUCCCAAACGCUGUGUCUCGGUCCAGAUGGUCUCUUUCCCUACCCUAAGGACUGUUCCAAGUUUGUUAACUGCUGGCACGGACGUCCCAGCCUCCAGCCAUGCGCACCAGGAACUCUCUUCAAUGCGGCCAAGAGAGUGUGCGACCAUCCUCACCAGACGGUGUGUCCACGCAGCCGUGUGGCCCCAAGCGCCGAGAGCGUGGCGUACGUCGUGGCGCCUCCCUCGGGCCAGAAGAUCAGACUCCGGGGUAGCGACGCUCCCUGGGCAGGAUAUGUUCAGAUCGAAGCUGAAGGCCAGUGGUGGCUUGUUACGGACUCGCGAUGGACGCUCAAUGAUGCCAGCGUUGUUUGCCGGAGUCUUGGGUUUACCAGAGGGGCAGCGGCAGCAACGAAGGGUCGGACGUUCGGCGUGCUACCAGGAAACGGCGUGAGACUGAGGCAAGUGGAGUGCCAAGGUGACGAGGAAAACCUGAGGGAAUGUUUACUGGAGGAGGGAGUACCCGAGGACGUAAACAAAAAAGUCGUGGGUGUCAGGUGUCACAGGAACUGGGUUUCCGAGUGCGGUCCAGGAGGAGUCCGAUGGGGUACCAAGUGCUAUUACGUGUACAGGUCUCCCCUACUUACUCACGCCGAGGCCAGGAUGACAUGCUCCGACCGAGACGCCAGGCUUCUGUCCAUUACUUCCAAGGAGGAGAAUGAUUUUGUAUCGGAACUCUUGUCGGCGAUGGGAGGAGACAGCGAAGGAUUCCAUACUAGUGGGGUUCGACAGCAAAUAUUCGACGAGGUGUUUUGGCUCUGGCAGAACACGACCGUUCCGCCUCAGCGUGAGUUCUCCUUCACUGCUUGGUGGCCAGGAUGGAAUGUGAGCUCAUCAAGCCAGGCUCGUGCCCUGAAUGCCCAGCUUACCACGAUCUCCGACGGACCGACUCAGUGCAUCACCAUCAAGGACAGUUUCCCCGUCCAUUCACAGGUCGAUGCCCGCUCAUCAGCCCCCGCGGAGUACUAUUUUUGGGAGCUCUCGAACUGUGGAACAAAAUUACCUUACGUAUGUGAAAGCGACAAACUUGACAUCGGGUGUAUCGAAGAGCGAGGGGAUACUUAUGAAGGCACGGCAAACAUUACCUCGAAAGGGCUCGUGUGUUUGCCUUGGAGCCACCCAAAAGUUUGGCCCAAAGUUGCUCCUUUUGGAAUAACUCGCGACCUCAGUCACAACUACUGCAGAAAUCUUGACGGGGACGAUGAACCUUAUUGCUUCACAGCCAAAGGCACCACGGACUUUUGCGAUAUUCCGAGGUGCGAGUGGCGAGAGAGCGACGCGGCCGCCCUGGAGACAACGUGCGGGGCGGACAAGUUCACGUGUUCCUCCGGCGCCUGCAUCCACCGCGAGUGGCACUGCGAUGGCCAGCAGGACUGCGAGGACGGCAGCGACGAGCGUGGUUGUCCGGACUACAGCAAGGAGUUCGACAAGGUGUUGCGGAAGAGGCUGCAGGGACGCGACGUGGAGAAGUGGCUCCACAGCGUCAAAGUUGCGUGCGCCUCCCGAUGUGCGCAGGCCAAGAACUUUGUGUGCAUGUCAUUCAACUAUGAACAAUCAACACAAACCUGCAUUCUGAACGACGGCAACAUCGGGCGGUCGGGCGGGCUGGUAGAUGAUCCUACGUGGGAAUAUUACGAGAGGAAGUCCCUGGCUGUUAAUUGCACGAAUAAGUUUGUCUGCAAUGAUGGCAAGUGCAUCAAUUCGACCCAGCGUUGCGACGGCAGGAAAGAUUGCAAAUUGAGCGAAGACGAAGCUGACUGCGAAGGUCGACUCAAUUUUGAAGUGAGACUCGUCAACGGAUCUGAUGCUUACGAAGGGCGCGUUGAGGUCAAAGUGUUUGGUCGUUGGGGUCCCGUGUGUGAUGACAUGUGGGGUCUACCGGAGGGGGACGUGGUGUGUCAUGAGCUGGGCUUCCCUACAGGAGCUAAGGAUGUCUUUGUCGAUUCACAGUUCGGUUCGGGAAAUAGCCAGUUUUUGAUGGACGACCUUAACUGCCACGGUAACGAGGGGAGUUUGGCCGACUGUGAUUUUGCGGGCUGGGGAGAACACGACUGCCAGACGUCCGAGGCUGCGGGCGUGCAGUGUUUCAAGCCGGGAGACGACUGCGGGCGGCACCAGUGGAAGUGCGGGAAUGGGCGUUGUGUCGGGCUGCAGUACCUGUGCGACACUAUAGAUGACUGCAAGGAUAAUUCGGAUGAGGAUAGGGACAUGUGUCAGGCCGACGUGGAAGUCCGGCUCGUGGGCGGCGGCGCGGCUGGCGAGGGCGGUCGAGUGGCAGCCGGGAGGGUGGAGGUGCGCUACCUGGGCAUCUGGGGGACGGUGUGCGACGACGACUUCAGUUUGGAGGAAGGGCACGUCAUCUGCCGCAUGCUGGACUGGAAGGGCGCCGCCUUCGUCUACAAGAACAACUCCUUCGGGCCUGGCGAGGGGCAGGUGUGGCUCGAUGACGUCAGGUGCCUCGGGUACGAGUCGUCGGUGGCAGACUGCCAGCACCUCCCUUGGGGGCAGAACAACUGUGACCACACUGAGGACGUCGGGUUGCUGUGUUCGGAUACGCCGGCGACAGCGUCCGUCGGGUCAAUUCAAACAGAUCCGUCAGACAAUUUCGUGCCCGACCUACCCUCCCUCCCCCUCACGUGCGGGCGGCGGGAGGUCGAAGACACGCCAACCGCGCCCAUGGAGAGGCCGAAGGUCGUCAGCGGCCACACGCCUCCGCCCGGCGCCCACCCUUGGAUGGUCGCUAUUAAGGUGCGAACAAAGACGGGUCCGUCGCAGCAUUGUGGGGGCGCCAUCCUUGGGGAGGACCACAUACUCACCGCCGCCCACUGCCUCUACAAGUAUCCAGCCUCAACAUACAUACUCAAAGUCGGAGAUUACAACAGCCAUGAGGAAGAGGAGGGCGAGCAGCAGUUCCAUGUGGCCUCCAUGACUCUUCACCCGCAGUUCGACAAGGGGCCUUACCUCAACAACGACAUCGCUAUUCUCACCGUUAAGAAGAAGGAUGGGAAGGGGAUAAGAUUUGGGAAGUACGUACAACCCUUGUGCCUCGUACCACCCGGCUGGAAAUACCCUUCGUACCUGAAUUGCACGGUUGCAGGGUGGGGUAGCCUCGGUUCCGAACUAGGACACUCCAAGGUCCUACAGAGCGCUGCACUGCCCAUCCUACCAGACUCCACAUGCAGAGCAGACUAUGUAUACGGUCCAACGAGGCUGACGGAGGGCAUGUACUGUGCAGGCUAUAUGGAAGGAGGAAUAGACACGUGUCAGGGUGAUUCAGGGGGUCCUAUGGUCUGUAUAGUGGAUGGUCGCCAUACUAUUGUUGGCAUCACUAGCUGGGGACACGGCUGCGCCAGAGCUAAUAAACCCGGAGUGUAUACCAAACUCACCAAAUACCUCUCUUGGGUAUACUCCAACAUGCGUUAAUAUAGGAAAUAUAUGUGUAUACCAUGUAUUUUAGUCCCACUGACAUACGAACAAAUAAACACACACACACACACUCUUGCUGUGAAUACCAACGAGCAAUCACCAACACGGACACACCACGAGGGAAGAGCGAAUGCUCCAAAAGAAAGAAACAAAAAGGAAGAAAGAAACAAAGAAGAAAAUAAUGAAAUAAAAAAGGAAGAAAGAAGCAAAGAAGGAAAGGAUGAAAGAAAGAAAUUUAGAAAGAAAGAGAGAAAAAUGGAGGACGAGGUGUACGGGGAGACGAAUCAAAUUCCUUGUCACCCUCACGGCAGCAGACAUCAUAGAGACGACGAAGAAAAGAACCAUAGGAAUAAGAUAUGUUAAUCUUAUAGAAUCAGGAUUCCUAAUCAUGGACCAAAUGUAUGGAUCCCCCCCCCCCCCCCCCGCCUCCUAAGAUGUUAUACCAAUGCAGGGGAAAAGAUCGGGGAAGGUUUUUCACAAGCAGAUAAUUUUUCUUACUUUCGCUCUCCCUUUUCUAACUAACAGCCAUGCCAAUAAUAUCAAUUUCUAAGGCCAGGGAUAUAAUAGAAGGCUUUUCGGACAUUUUGCAAAUCAAUGUCGUUCUACUUCAUAAUAUUUUUCUCUUCCUUUUACUAUUCUGAGAUUGAAUCAUUAGGUUGCAUCAUAUACAUAGAAUUAAUAUUCGCCCUGAUGCAUCCAAAGAAGGUUUAAGGAAAAGAUAUGUUAAGAUGAUAUAUGUCAGUUUCAGGAAAAUCCUAAUACCUAAUGAUAAGGAAAAUUUAAGGAUUUAAGGCAGAAUCUUAUCUCUAAACAUUGAAGGAACACGAUAUAUAAGUUUUGAAAUUAUGCCUCUAUUAGAUUAAACUUCUCUUUAAGAUGUUCACGCCAUGAACCUAUCAAGACCUUUAUAUUGCAUGGAUCGAAAUAUGGUGUGAAAAAAUGAGCCUCAAUCAAAACAGAAGAUAUAUUAAUUAUGACAGAUGGCUUAUAAGUGCCAUCGAGAAACAGACAUCGCUAUUGAAGUAUCUAAUUAAUGUUGUUAUUUACUCCUGACUUAUAGAUAUAGCCGUUACUGUACUAAAACUAAAAAUGAUUGUUGAUAUUACAACCACUAAGCGAUAUGUGGUAUCAUGCAACACACACACACACACACACACACACACACACACACGCAGCGCAGCAGGAGAAGAGAAGAGAGAAGAGAAAUAUGAAAUAUUGUUAAGCUUAAUAGCAAGUGAAUUAAAUACACUGUCCACCCCUCCAAUUUGUAACAGUUUUAUCAUGUCGAAUUUAUUGCAUAAAAUGGAACUGUAACACUUUUAUCAUUGCUAUCAAUGCUUUUAUUCCGUCGUCCACGUGAUAAGGCCCAAUAAAAUAAAAAAAUGUAAA